GUUGUCACUUAAUUAACGGCGGCGGGCAACAGCACAUCUCGCGCGGUGUCUGGUAAUGCCGUUGUAAAUUUCUUUGUUAAUCAAAUAAAACAUUUGUUUCAACCUAUUGCAAAAUUCUGAUCUAAACGUUCAACAUGUCACAAACUGAAGGCUCGACAGAGGCGAGCGUAAGUGCCUCAGAACCAAUGGAGGAAGCAGAAAACUCAGAAUUGGGUCAAAAUGAAUCUUCUUCAGAUACUACCUCCAAGGGUGAAGAUUUUGAGAUAAAAGUGGCUUCUGAUAGAGGAAAAAGAUUUGACUACUUACUGAAACAGACUGAAAUCUUUUCGCAUUUUAUGAACCAAACAAAAUCUCCCAGUAAACCGAAAACUGGGAGGCCUAAAAAGGAGAAAACUGAUACGUCUGAUUUGAGACAUCGUAAAACUGAACAAGAAGAAGACGAAGAACUUUUGGCAGAAACCAACCUGAAAACAAAAACUACAACUCGUUUUGAUGCCUCACCACCCUACAUCAAAAACGGUGAAAUGAGAGAUUAUCAAGUUCGUGGUUUGAACUGGAUGAUUUCUUUGUAUGAACAUGGCAUCAAUGGUAUUUUAGCAGAUGAGAUGGGUUUGGGUAAAACUUUACAAACCAUAUCUCUGCUGGGAUAUAUGAAGCACUAUAAAAGUACACCUGGUCCUCAUAUUGUCAUUGUUCCUAAAUCUACCUUAUCAAAUUGGAUGAAUGAGUUCGAGAAGUGGUGUCCAACCUUGAGGGCGGUUUGUCUCAUUGGUGAUCAAGAGGCUAGGAACUCAUUUAUCAGAGAUACGAUGAUGCCUGGUGAAUGGGAUGUUUGUAUAACCUCGUAUGAAAUGUGUAUUAAAGAAAAAUCUGUAUUUAAAAAAUUCAACUGGAGAUAUAUGGUCAUUGAUGAAGCUCAUCGUAUAAAAAAUGAAAAAUCUAAGCUCUCCGAAAUUCUCAGAGAGUUCAAGACUACUAACAGGUUACUGCUAACAGGUACUCCAUUACAAAAUAAUUUACAUGAACUCUGGGCUCUUCUUAACUUCUUACUGCCAGAUGUUUUCAACUCAUCUGAUGAUUUCGAUGCCUGGUUCAACACCAGCCAAUGUUUGGGAGACAACGCCUUGGUCGAGAGGCUGCAUGCUGUAUUGAAACCAUUCUUGCUUAGAAGAUUGAAAGCUGAAGUGGAGAAACGGCUCAAACCCAAGAAGGAAUUAAAAGUAUAUGUAGGAUUGAGCAAAAUGCAACGAGAAUGGUAUACCAAAGUGCUGAUGAAGGAUAUUGACAUAGUGAAUGGCGCAGGAAAGGUGGAAAAAAUGCGACUGCAGAAUAUUCUCAUGCAGUUAAGAAAAUGUACCAAUCACCCCUACCUUUUUGAUGGCGCUGAGCCUGGACCACCUUACACAACCGAUGAGCAUCUCGUGUACAAUUGCGGUAAAAUGGUGUUGCUGGAUAAACUGCUUCCCAAAUUGAAGGAACAGGAGUCUCGUGUACUUAUCUUCUCGCAGAUGACGCGUAUGUUGGAUAUACUUGAAGAUUACUGUCAUUGGCGACAGUACCAAUAUUGUCGUUUGGACGGUCAAACGCCACACGAAGACAGACAGAGACAAAUCAACGAGUAUAACGAAGAAAAUAGCCAAAAGUUUAUCUUUAUGUUGUCAACUAGAGCUGGUGGAUUAGGUAUCAAUUUGGCAACAGCUGAUGUAGUUAUUAUAUAUGAUUCGGAUUGGAAUCCUCAGAUGGAUCUGCAAGCUAUGGACAGAGCGCAUAGAAUUGGUCAGAAGAAACAAGUCAGGGUGUUCAGAUUUAUUACCGAGAACACCGUAGAGGAAAAAAUUGUGGAAAGAGCUGAAGUAAAAUUACGUUUAGACAAAUUAGUUAUCCAACAAGGUCGUUUAGCCGAUUCCAAAGGACAGUCUCUAAACAAAGACGAAAUGUUAAACAUGAUCCGGCACGGUGCCAACCACGUAUUUGCCUCUAAGGAUUCCGAAAUAACAGAUGAAGAUAUUGAUAGUAUAUUGGAAAAGGGAGAAAUGAAGACCGCUCAGUUGGCUCAGAAGUUGGAAGGCAUGGGUGAAUCGUCGCUUCGCAACUUCACAGUCGAAACACCCACUGAAUCAGUCUACCAAUUCGAAGGAGAAGACUAUCGCGAGAAGCAGAAAUCUAUCGGUUUGAGCAACUGGAUAGAACCUCCAAAAAGAGAAAGGAAGGCCAACUAUGCCGUCGAUGCUUACUUCAGAGAAGCGUUAAGAGUUUCUGAGCCUAAAGCGCCCAAAGCUCCAAGACCACCAAAACAGCCCAUCGUUCAAGAUUUCCAGUUUUUCCCACCGAGAUUAUUCGAACUUUUGGACCAGGAGAUCUACUUUUAUAGGAAAUCUUUGGGAUAUAAGGUUCCGAAAAACUUAGAACUUGGACCUGAUGCGUCCAAGCAACAGAAAGAAGAGCAAAGAAAAAUAGAUGAAUCGGAACCCCUCACCGAAGAGGAACAACAAGAAAAAGAAAACUUGUUAACGCAAGGUUUCACCAAUUGGAGUAAACGCGAUUUCAACCAAUUCAUCAAAGCCAACGAGAAAUAUGGUAGGGACGAUAUCGAGAACAUCGCCAAAGAUGUUGAAGGUAAAACACCUGAAGAAGUUAUGGAAUAUUCUGCGGUGUUUUGGGAAAGAUGUCAUGAAUUACAGGAUAUUGAUAGAAUAAUGGCCCAGAUUGAGAGAGGAGAAACUAAAAUACAAAGAAGAGCUAGUAUUAAGAAAGCACUUGAUGCUAAAAUGGCAAGAUAUCGUGCACCUUUCCAUCAGCUAAGAAUUUCUUACGGCACCAACAAAGGCAAAAACUACAUGGAAGACGAAGACAGGUUUUUGGUGUGUAUGUUGCACAAGUUGGGUUUCGAUAGAGAAAACGUCUAUGAAGAGUUGAGAGCAGCUGUGCGUGCAUCGCCACAAUUCAGAUUUGAUUGGUUCUUAAAAUCGAGAACUGCCAUGGAACUGCAGAGGAGAUGUAACACGUUGAUUACGUUAAUAGAAAGAGAAAAUGCCGAAUUGGAGGAAAGAGAAAAAAUUGAUAAGAAGAAAAAAGUCUCCAAAUCUUCAAAUCUUGGAGGUAUUCCUGCCCAAAUCAGCUCGAAAUCUUCACAGAAACGGAAGAAUGACACUUCAGUUGGUGGAGUCGAAAAGAAAAAGAAGAAAAAAUGAAACAUGCUUUACUUUCCAAUGGCUUACAGUUGAUUGUGUGUAUGAAUGUGGGUGAAUAUUUACGAUUAGAAGUAAACAAUAGUUGUAAGAUUUUUUUAUUUAUUUUAAACAGAUUAAAAUUUAAUGUCCAUAGAUAUAUACUAUGCCAACAACAUUUUCUUGAUCCAUGUUAAAAUCAGUUUUGUAUCCUUAUACAUAAAAAUAUCUUGUUGAUAAACAGUCUAAAAUGUUUUAAACAAAUUAAAAUAUUUG